ACGGCGCUGUGCAUUGUGGUCUGGUAAACAACACAUUUUUGAGGAGAAGUUGGUCGGCAUGCGGUGCGUGAUGCGGUGAGAACCCGGCUAUAUUUCGUGAGAUUCGACCGCAAUUAUUCAGUGCCACACCCGGCUGGCUGCUUAUGAAAGAGGACCCACGACGAAGAGGGUUGAUGAAUGAAAUGUUCUGCAAAUGCCAACCGUACCAUAAAUUAGACCCCUGAGACCCCCCCCCAAAAAAAAAACGAAGAGAGAUCGGACUUGGACUCAUCAUCCCACGGUGAAUUUCUGCGAUCACUGGCUGAACUCCUAUCGGUGGCGUCGACGAGCCGAGGCUGGCUCUCUGCAAAUUGCUGGACUCUCUUUUCUCUCCUCUAUGGUUGAGUGAAAUUGGAGAGAAACGAACGCAAGUGUCGUUUGUUUAGAUUGCAGUGCACAGUGAAGAUUGGUUUCAGGAAACUGGAGAAGGUCGUACACCGUGUUCCAAACAGCAGGAUCUACAUGUACAAGUGCCGUGGUAGCCUCCAGAGAUAUUGCCGCAAAGGAAGUGGAGAAGAGUAAUGAGAAUUUCUAAUAUUCCGAGAACUGUUUUCCGGUCCUGAGUGUGCUAGAGAAACUCUAUCCUCGGCAGAAGAAAUCUGACUGCGAGACCGACCUUUCAAAGUUCACACACUGACAGAGUAGCCAACUUGGGUGGAAUAUCGGUAUUCUUUGAAUCUGAUUGCAAAGUGGUUACAGAACAUGUGAACUUGCUAGAAUCAAUGCCGUCUUUUGACCCAGCUGCGUGUGUACGUUGGCCAACCCCUAUUGCAGAAGAAAGACUUUCACAGUAGCCUGUUGACAAACUGGUACCCACAUUGGACGAGUAACCCCAGACACAACCGCUUGCCAGGAAAUCAAUGCCCUAUUUCUGGUCUUUGUUGAAACUUAGUUUCUCCCACUUGGCACUUGCAGCAGAGUUUGAAAGGAGUGUCCAGUGGUGAAUUUAUUGCACCUGUAUGUACGUAAGAUAAUGAUCUUAUCAAACCACUGAAGUAAGGAGUAACGUGGGAGGACACCUUGCCACAUGCACGUAUUCUGCACAUGAACAGUGCAUAAUUUAACAGUGCCUCCUUUUGCUGACAAAAUGAGAGAGAGCAGCCUGUUAGAAGCUGGAAUGAGGUAGCGCAAACUCUUCUCAGAUGCAUGUACCUUCCCUGCAGGAAGAGACCUUUUUUUUUUGUGAAUUGUGAAUGACGUUUUGUUGAAAGCGGAAGUGAAACCAAAAAAAUGCCGCCGUCCUCGGGCGAGCUAUGGGGCUCCCACUUCAUGCCAGCCAAGAUCAACAUCGAAUGCCUCCUGCCCACGGGGAUAAUCGUGCCCCUGGAGUGCGUCCGGGAGGCCACCCUGGAAAACGUCAAGGCACUGCUGUGGCGGGAGGCCCGGAAGCUGCCCCUGGCCAACCGGCUGGGCGAUGCCUCCUCCUACAUCUUCGUCACCAUCACCCAGGACGCCGAGCGGGAGGAGUUCUAUGAUGAGGGCCGGCGGCUCUGUGAUCUACGGCUCUUCCAGCCCUGGUUGAAGGUCGUGGAACCAGCAGGGAACCGGGAAGAGAAAAUGCUGAACUACGAAAUAGGCACGGCCAUUGGCAUGCCCGUGACGGAGUUUGACUCCAUGAAGGACCCCGAGGUGGUGGACUUCCGUCGCAACAUCCUGACGCUCUGCAAGGAGGUGGUGGAGGAACGGGAGAGGCAAGGCAAGGCGGAGCACGCCAUGUACGUCUACCCGCCCAACACCUACAUCUCACCCGAAUUGCCCAAGCACAUCAUGCAGAAGCUGGACAGGGGUCGCGUGACCGUCUGCAUCUGGGUCAUCUCCUCCAGCGGGCCGGGCAAGAGCUACACCUGCAAGAUCGCCCACGACUGCAAGCCGGAGGACAUCAUCGCCGAGACCAUCCGCAAGCGGACGGAGAGCAUGGACCUGACGCCGGCCCAGCAGCAGCGCUGCGUGGAGGAGUACAAGGGAACCUACGUCCUCAAGGUGUGCGGCUGCGACGAGUACAUCAUGGACAACUACCCCAUAUCGCAGUUUAAGUACAUCCGCCAGUGCAUCCUCCGAAAGAAGACACCCCAGCUCAUGCUGAUGUCGCGGGAGAGCGUCCUCAACAGUCUGCCCGACGUCACCUUCCCCCUCCCUUCCUACAUGAGGCGGGCUCCGCCCACCCUCCCCCGGGACAACUUGCAGGCGAAGUGUCUCUGGGAUGUCAAGGACUUGUUCAAAGUCAAGAUCAACUGUGCAAUGUAUGUUAACGUCAAGGAACUGGACAAGAUUUAUGUGCGUUCAGGGAUCUACCACGGCUCUGAGUCGCUGUGCCCCCAGGUCAUGACGGAGCACGUCCCCUGUUCCAACCCCCGCUGGAACGAGUGGCUGACCUAUGAGCUGCGUGUCCACGACAUCCCCCGCAGUGCCCGGCUCUGCGUCUCCAUCUGCUCCACCAGCAAGCGCAAGGGAAAGAAGGAGUCCGUCUGCAUCGCCUGGGGCAACGUCAACCUCUUUGAUUACACCAACCGCCUCCAGGCCGGGAGUCUCCGCCUCUACCUCUGGCCCCUCCCCCAGGGCCACGACGAGCUGCUCAACCCCUUCGGCCAGACGGGUUCGAAUCCCAACAAGGACGCGCCCUGCCUGGAGCUUGAAUGCGAGCGCAACAAGUACAGCCUGGUCUUCCCCCAGUUCCAGGAGAUCAGCGACCACGCCAACUACGUGCAGUAUGGCGAGGAGUGCAGCCCGGUCUUUGAGCCAGUUCAAGAGCCGACCCUAGAGGAGGCCAAGCAAUUGGACGAGAUCAUCGGACGAGACACGCUCCACGAAAUGUCGGAGCAGGACAAGGAGUUGGUCUGGAAAUACAGGUCAUACUGUAAAGUUCGACCAAAUUCAUUACCAAAGCUUCUCAACGCUGUCAAAUGGAACUCAAGAGAUGACGUAUCACUGCUGUACAUUCUGCUAAAAGACUGGGAUCUGGUAGACAAUGAGACGUCCCUAGGCCUCCUAGACUGCAGCUACGCAGAUCUCGGUGUGAGAACCUUCGCAGUGGAAUCGCUGGAACAGAACCUGACGGACGAGGAGCUGCUGCAAUACAUCCUGCAACUUGUUCAGGUGCUGAAGUACGAGUCCUAUCUAGACAAUCCGCUGGCACGGUUCCUGAUGAAAAGGUCGCUGUACAACCACCGCAUUGGGCAUUUCUUCUUCUGGCAUCUCAGGUCUGAGAUGCACAAACCCAAGGUCAGCCAGCGAUUCGGCCUGAUGCUGGAGGCGUAUUGCCGGGCCCUGGGACCCUACCUCAAGCUGGUAGUCAAACAGGUUGAGGCCAUCGAUAAACUGACAAAUCUGACAAUAUCGCUCAGCGUGCGCAAGGACGACACCAAUAAAGACCGACUGAAGUACCUGUCCGAUCAGAUGCAGCAAGCCGACUUCAUCGACGCCCUCCAGCACUUCCCCCUUCCCCUAGACCCCCACUUUACCUUGGGCCGGCUCAAGGUGGAGGAGUGCCGCAUCCUGUCCUCGGCCAAGCGCCCUCUCUGGCUGGUUUGGGAGAACCACGACCUGAUGUCUGAGGCCAUGUUCGCCGACAUGAAGAUCAUCUUCAAGAAGGGCGACGAUUUGCGUCAGGACAUGUUGACUUUGCAGACGUUUGAAAUCAUGGACAACAUCUGGCAAAUGAACGGGCUGGACCUCAACAUGCAGCCCUACAAGUGUCUAGCGUCCGGCAAUGCCACCGGCCUCAUUGAGGUGGUUCGGAACUCCUCGACGAUCUACGACAUUCAGCACAAAGCAGGCAUUAUGGGAACAUUGCAGCUGAAGAGCAGUGUGCUGCAUCAGUGGAUCAAGGAGAAAAAUAAGGGAGAUCAGUAUGAUGAUGCCAUAGACAUGUUCACCAAGUCCUGUGCCGGGUACUGCGUGGCCACCUUCAUCUUGGGCAUAGGAGACCGCCACAACGACAACAUCAUGGUCAACGAGAACGGACAGAUUUUCCACAUCGACUUUGGUCAUUUCUUGGGUCACAUCAAGAAAAAGUACGGCAUUAAGAGAGAGCGAGUCCCCUUCGUCCUUACAGAGGACUUUCUGCGAGUCAUCACCAAGGGCAACGAUAUUAACAAGAGUCCGGAGUUCAAAAAGUUUCAGGAGCUGUGCUGCUCCGCCUACCUCAUCCUCCGCCGCUCGGCCAACCUCUUCAUCUCCCUCUUCUCCAUGAUGCUGGCCACGGGCAUCCCGGAGCUGCAGUCCAUCGAUGACAUCUCCUACCUCCGCAAGACCAUGGCCGUGGAGAAGGAGGAAGCCGAGGCCCUGGAGUACUUCAUGAAGCAGCUGAACGAGGCGCACGGUGGGGGCUGGACUACCAAGAUGGACUGGCUGUGCCACGCCCUCAAGCACGGCAUUUAGGAGAAAUUUGAGAUUAUUCUUUUUGGGCGACAUUUUCAGAUGGAAGAUUUUGCUCCAAGGGAGUGUUUGUCAGGAAAGUCUCAGCCUCGUACCAACCUACUGCAUCAACAAUGCACAGUGCACCAGGAGGUAACCUUUUUCAAGUGGCGGAGUGAUACCCAGGGCAGAGGUCGAUGACUAACUCCACGGAGACCUCAGCCACUUCGUCCCGUGUUGUCGUGCGAGACUAGAGAUUCCCAUCUCUGAGCUUCAGGCCGGCUUGAAAUCGGCCAUUUUAACACUGGGAACUUGAGAUGGUAACCGAUAUCACAAAAACUGUUGUUGAACUCUCUCGCGAUUUGUCCAGCGUAGUUUCAUCUGAUAAAACGCUUCAUCCCUGAUCGGUUUACAUUCUAAAGAACAAGAAAAAAAUUUGAAAAAACAAAGGUGUAAUCCGGAUUUGUGGUCAAAGCAUUGAUUCAUCUUUUCCCGUGGGAAGAAGCCAAAAGAAGUAUUUGUUCCAAGGACUGAAGCUAGGAUUUGUUUUGUGCAGAGAUAAGAGAGGAACUCAGGACGGUUGGGACAAUGAGUCAGUUGGCCUGAGGCUCUUACUUUGCCAGAGGGGACAAAAGUAGAAAAGAUAAAAUGAACGGUUGCAAACAUCUUGUUACUUUCAGAAUGGUCAAAUUGCUUACAGAUGGUUGUAACAGUCAGAAAAAAAAAAUGGAAAUUGAAGUGGGCUUGACUGUCUUAAUGUCGUAGAUGAAGUUGCAUAUCCAGGAUAAGCGGAAAAUACCAUUCGAAUUGUAACUCUCGUGGCAGGUUUGUGAGAACCAUUCUGAGUCCUGCAGAAUUUGGCAUUCUGCAUGAAAGUUGAAACCAGUGAUGCGUUCUUUGCAUUGAAACUUCCAAUUGGCACCAGACCCCAUGUGAGAGUAGGACUGGCUAGGAUAUGCCUUUUCCAAUCUUGCAAAAAAAAAAAAA